GCCCAGUUCUCCACCCCUCCUUGUGCCGGAAAGCCAAUGGGCGCGGGGGAUGUUAGCGGUUGGGAGGUGGCCGUGUUGCUACAGCAGCCGCACUUGCAGCGACCGCGGCGCCCGGGAGCUGGAGCCUGAGGGGGUGGUUGUGGUGGGCCAUGGAAGAGCUGGACGAUAAUGGAAGUGUGCGAACUGAAGACUUUUUACCUUGCAAGAUUUGUGGGAGGACUUUUUCCCCAAAUGCAUUAAGAAAGCAUGUUCCCAUUUGCCAAAAAGCUGCUGCUAGAAAAAGGAAAGCAUUUGACUCUAGCAGACAGAGAGCCGAGGGAACUGAUAUUUCCACAGUUAAACCUCUGAAGCCACGGCCAGAACCCCCGAAGAAACCAUCAACUUGGAGACGAAAGCAUGAAGAACUCAUAGCAGCUAUACGAGCAGCCAAAGGAGUUGAUCAGGCCCUUAAAGAAGGUGGAAAACUACCACCACCACCACCACCUACUUACGAUCCUGAUUACAUCCAGUGCCCAUAUUGCCAGAGAAGAUUUAAUGAAAGUGCAGCUGACCGGCACAUCAAUUUCUGCAAAGAGCAGGCAGCACGUAUAGCUAAUAAAGGAAAAGUGGUUACUGAUUCUAAAGGGAAGCUCCCUACUCGAACACAGUACAAGUCACCAUCAGUAAAGAAGAUGCCUUCUACAGGAAUAACAUCACCAGCCUCAUCACGCUUGCCGCAACCAAGUACACCUGCAAAUAAAAUACUAUCUACAAGUGGACCAGUGGGAAGUAAAAUCCAGAGUUCAUCUCCAGCUCAUAAAAACUCGGUGAAGACAAGCCCCCAAACAGGAGGGUCCAUGAAAUCACGGACAGUAGCACCAACUAACAUGGCACGGAAUUCUGGCAUGGGUAUGAUGGUGAACAAAAGAAAAGCUUACAUUACUGAAAACUACUCAAACAGAACUGGAUAUGAGAGUGGAGACUGCUCAUCUUCUGUCAAUGGAGGAACUUCAAAAAGCAAUGAGGGAAAUUCACCUGCACAGUUACCAAAAUUCUGCUAUGAAUGUGGCGCCAAAUACCCAGUGGAAUCUGCAAAAUUCUGCUGUGAAUGUGGAGUUCGAAGAAUGGUUUUGUGAGCAUGUUCUAUAAUGCAGGACAAAAGUUAGCCUGCUCCUCUGUUCGCUAUGGCUGCAUGGAAAUCUAUGCUGCACCUUCCCUGAGAACUUGUGCUAAAACACCGUAUAAUUUUCUGAGAGCAAUUCUUUUUGGUUGCAGAGUAAUUUAUAUAGAUACAAAUAUACUGUAUAUAAAUGAUAGGUAUCUGAUACUGUGCCAUUUAAGAAGGUAUUUUUGAGACACUGUUGGAAAUAUCUUUAAUGGAGCAAAACACUAAUUCAAGAAGUAGAAGGGCUUUUGUAAUCCUGAUAUGUAUUGUAUCCACAAAUGGUUCUCUUGUUAUUCAUCCAUAAUAAUGUUAGCCCUGAAUCAGUUGGUCUAAAAAGGAAUCUAGAGAAUAUUGACUGCUAUAGAUAACUUGAUGAACAGCUUCUCAUAAAUCUUACAAUCAGAAAAGGUUCAAUUUAAUUGAUCUCUUCUGAUGUUAUUUUUCCUGAUUGGCGUUUUCUUCUGGGUCUCCUUUCGAAAGGCUUUAUAAGAUGCUUUCCUCGUAUAUGAUGUAAGAUUUCUUUUCACAUGCCUUUCUUUAACUAGAAUUUGAUUAUUAGUUUUGCAAAGUAAUUCACCUUCCUUUAGGCGUCUAUGAAAUAAAUUGCCAAUGACAGCUUUUCCUGCAAACUCACAAUAGUGCAUGGAGGAGGUAUAAGUGGUACUUUGUGAAUUGUAGCCUUUAUCCACCUUCUCCUACAUCUCCCUCUUUUCCAUAUUUGUGAAGCCCUGCUACUUAUCUUUUCCUCAAAAAGUAAAGUUUAACCGUAGUUUCAAUGUUUGUCCAAUAUGGCCUAAAUUUCCCUUCCCUCGCCCCCUUAUAGAGAGUUUAGGGCCGUUGCAGUGAUGGUAAGAUGUAAUAGAUAUAGAAUCACUUUAUUUUUUAUAAUAAUUUGUGGAACAAAUGAGUUUCAGAACAUGGUAACUGAAUAAUGCUUCUUUUCUUUUUCUUUUGUCUUCACAAUAUCUUCUCCAUAGGUGUUUUUGGUACCUCCUGGAGCUCAAUCAAAAUUAACGGGCUUCACAGGGAGUACGUUGCCCCACUGAAAAUCUGCAUCAGUAUUAAGUUGCUUCUAUGAGUAACAGCAUUUUCACAGCAACUAUUUUUCCUAUGGAGAAGAGCCUUUCCCAAAAUUAAUUUGAUCAUUUUAUUUCAAACAGCUGUUUCUAAGCUAUUGUCUCUCCUAGUAUAGAAACAAUUGAAACUGUCAGCUGGGUGUUUUGCAGUAUUUGACCCGACACUAAUCUAAUCUUACUUUCAUUUUUUUAAAAAAGCCUUUUCAAACAGUGUCGAUAAUGGCAACUGGAAAUAUAGUUGUUCUAUCAAGCUCUUUUGCCCGCUUCUACUUUCUAGUACGCUUGGUAGUGGUAAAUUGCAGGUCCCAUAAUAUUCGAUUUAACAAGUUCAUUGAUGUAGAACUGUUAUUUCUGGAUCUUAGGCUUUUCAAAAAUAAAAAAUAGCAUUUUAAGUGCAGGACCCCAAUCUUGUGCUGUGACCCAAUUUUAAUUCUAUAGCAAUUAUAUAAUAGCAGAUUUGUUACAGUAGCUACAUGUGGUGGAACUGAACCAAUACUGAAAGAGACCAACAUGUAUAGAAUGUCAUUGGGGCUUGCACCAUUUUGCAAAGAUCGGUUUAUCCUCCUUCUUUCUCUUAGGUAUUUCUUCCAGGUAUUUAAAAAAAAUCUUCAUUAUGAAGAUUUUAUCUGCAAUCAUUGUUAGUAGAUUUGUGUACUAUCCUUGAUGAUAUAUACUUAUGGGGGGAUAAGUACAGUAAUUUAGGAAGUUGCACUUUUAAAGUAUAGCUUUUUUUGUUUUGUUUUGCUAACUGGGCCCAAUACAUCAAAUUGCUUCCUGAUGAAGACUCUGCAAUGGGUAUGAACAAUCUAAACCAGAAAUGUUGAUUUAGAACUCAAAGGCAUCAUUUUAAAAUCUUAAGAGCGAUUUUUUUAUAUGAGCUAGUCUAUGUGAUAGAAAUCUAAAACAGCAUCAACAGAUGGAUCUUAACCACUCAUAAUGAAAAUUUGAUUGAUGUUAAUGGAACACUUAAUUUCUAAACCAAUAACUUUGCAUCCUUUCAUAAUAGUGUUUGCUGUUUUUAAACGGUAGUUGUUAAUCUACAAACUAAUCAGGAUCAUUAAAAAUGCAGUAACAUUGUUUCUAUAUGAAAGUUUUCCACCAUUUUUGAUUUAGACCUUUUGCAGAACAAAGGCUUAGCUGAUCAAGGCCCUUUCAUAAGCUGUGGUUGGUAUCAAAAUGACUACACAGACUCGCUAGAAAUUUUCAGGGUCUCAAUUUUCAAUUGCAGCCCUUCAUGGUCCUUGAAAGGCUACUCCUUAAGGUCAGAAACCCCUUUGGAGACUCUGAUACGUACAGUGGAUUGCAGACAAAAGAGGAUGGGACAGGCAACAGCCCCCUUCCCUGUGUAUUUAAAAGUCUAUCCCUGCACGUAGAACUCUUAAGAUCCCAGCCACAGUUUUGAGCAGUUUCGAAGGUAGACUUCUAGAUCCCUCUUCCAAUCCUGAGAAUACUAGGGGAAACAUUUUUUUCAAAAUGGUCCUUUUGCCUUUUCAUUUCCUAGAAAAUCUGGCAAAUCAGUUAUGUCACACAUCUUGUUUAUACACUUGAUAGCUAUUGAGAACGUUCUUGUAACACUUACCCUAUAACAAUUGUGUUCUGAUUUGUUUUUUCCUUUUAAAUAUGUGGACGUUAUGCCUGGCAGAUUAUAUCCCAUGCAAAUAAUGAUACUAACUGGGAUGAGCUCAGUAUAUUUAAGAAUUCACUCAGGGUUGCUUCAGGUUGCUUUUAGCCGCAGAGUUGAAUAUCCACAUUUGAAAAAUGUAUACCGUAUAUUGGCCUAAUGACAGAGUAGCACAGAGAUGAGUGUCUCCAUCAGAAAAGCAAAUUUGUAAUCAGACUUAGUGGUGGAAAUCUAGUGAUAAAUUUGUUAUUCCAGUUAACGUUUGGCAUUUUGUAGAAGAUAAUAUGGGUAUGUUGGGACUUACACCAGAAAGUUCUGAAUGAUCUACAGGGACCCUUUGAGAUUCUGCUUUGCUUUUGGUAUCAGGUUUUUGGGCGAGACUUCAAAUGCAUCCUCAUUCACCAAAGAUCUCAUAUAUUUAUGUUAUAUAAAUGUUUCAUGUGUCUCUACAAGACGCGUUAUUACACCUACCUAACAAUACAAAUUUCUUAUGGCAUCUUCCUGAUCUCUUUAAUAUGUUGUAUUUUUUUUUGUAACUGGCUUCUAAUUUCUACUAAACAGUUAUGUGAGCUCUUGUUUGCUCUGACUUAUAUUUUGGAAUUGUUCAGUAUAUUGCAAAAGCAAUCUGUAAAUGCUUGCUGUAUGUUAUCUAGUCCUUUAACAAUAAAG